GGGAGGAGGCGCCGCCAUCAUGAGCUACGGUUACGGCGAUUGGAACUCGGGCACGAGCAGAGGUUACGAGGGUUACUCUUUCCCCUAUGGCUUCGGCCCCGAGGGCUCCGGCGGCUCCGGCGGCGCCUUUGGCUACGGAGCCGCGGCCGGGAAUUCCUGGGAUUUGGGAGCCGCCGAACCCGACGGGGCCCCCGAGGGUGGGGAAGGGCCCGGGAAGCAGCGGCCGGAGCCGGGAGCCGGGAUCGCCCCGGAAUCCGAGGGGAUGCAGGGCCGGGGCUACGGAGCCGCCGGAGACAGGUACGAUCCCUACGAAUCCUACGGCGACUCCCGGGGGGCUCUGAGCGAGCGCGAGCUGUACCGGGCGGCCUUCGACUAUCCCGACUAUCCCGACUACCCCGGCGAUUAUCCCGACUAUCCCAACGAUUAUCCCGGCGAUUAUCCCAACGAUUACCCCAACGACUAUCCCGACUACCCCAACGAUUAUCCCGGCGAUUAUCCCGGCGAUUAUCCCGAUUUUCCCAACGAGUCCGAGCCCGACGCCAACGACUUCUACGGCCGGCCCCGCCCCCGGGAGCAGCAAUUCCAGGGGAAAUUCCGGGAGAACUUCGGCCACCGGGGCCACGGCUGGGGCCGGGAGCGGCAAUUCCCGGGAUUUCCCGGCCGGGGGGUCUGGAAUGAGCCGCGGGGCCCCCCCGGAGCCCGGAGGCUCCCGUCGCUCUUCUCCCAGAACAUCCUCCCCGAGCCCGGCGGCUUCCAGGGCUUCCGAGGCUUUCCCGGGAAUUUCCGCGGCAUGAAGAGGAUGAGGAGGGGCUGGAAGAUGUGGGAUGCGGAUUUCCGGCCGCAGCGGAAGCGGCUCCGCCGGGAUUCCUUUGGGAAGAAGCGGAAGCAGCCGAGCGGCUCCGAGGAAAAAACUCCCAAAACCGACGGAUCCGACAAUUCCAGCUCGGAAAACGAGGAAGGCACGGAGGGCGAAUCCGGAGAAAAGGAGGAAUCCAGAGGGGAAGGGGAGGAUGAAGAGGGAAGAGAUUCCGAGAAAGGAGCCCUGAGCAUCCCGGAGGAGAAUUCCCAGAAUUCCCAGCUGCGGCAGAAGCUCCAGGCCGGGAGGAAAUCCCAGGACCGGCAGAAGAAGCGGCACCGGGACCGGAUGGUGGAGAGGAUCCAGUUUGUGUGCUCGCUGUGCAAGUUCCGGACGUUUUUCGAGGAUGAGAUCCGGCAGCACCUGGAGAGCAAAUUCCACCGGGAGCAUUUCCAGUUCGUGGGCUCCAAGCUGCCGCCGCAGACGGCGGAAUUCCUGCAGGAAUACGUGGCCAACAAGACGCGGAAGACGGAGGAGCGGCGCCGCGGGAUCCGCGACAUCAACGCCGUCAUCCAGCAGAUCCAGCGGGAGCAGGACCUGACACAGGAGGUGGGCCUGGAGCACUUCCUGCGGAAGGUGGAGGCCGCUCACUGCUCCGCCUGUGACCUCCUGCUCCCGAUGCACUUCGGCUCCAUCCAGAAACACCUGAAAUCCCCGGAUCACAACCACAACCGCCGGGCCAUGAUGGAGCAAUCCAAGAAAUCCUCGCUGGUGGUGGCCCGGAGCAUCCUCAACAACAAACUCAUCAGCAAAAAGCUGGAAAAGUACCUCAAGGGGGAAAAUCCCUUCACAGAUGAUCCCGAGGAAAAGGAGGAGCACGAGGAAGGGGAAGGAGCCACGGAGGAAAAUCCCGAGGAAAAUCCCGAGGAAAACCCCCAAAAUCCCGGAGGAAGCGCCUUUGCCAAUCAGAUCGUGGGCGGGAACCAGCCUGACCAAUGGAAGCUGCGGGCGGGACGCGCCGCUGGGGAGAUCGGCCAAUCGGGAGAGCGGAAGGCGGGCCCUAGUGGGAGGCGCGCGGCGGCGCGCGUGCGCGGGCGGCUGAGGCGGGCGGUGAAGCGGCGGCGGCGGCGGCGCCGGGCGGAGGCGGCGGCCAUGGAGUCGGGAUACGGCGGAAAAAAAAAAAAAAAAAACAGGAAAACGGGAGUCGGAACAUCCAGGGACAAAACGCAGGGAAUUCCAUCCCGAAAAGGACAAAAAUCCUUUGGAAAACGGGGAAAUUUGGGAGAAGCAGCUGCGAUUUCCCGAAGAUUCCAGCCUGGUUUUGCCUCCGGGCUCAACAUUCCCAACUUUUCCCUGGGAGCAGCUCCAGGAUACGGCGCCUGGAGCACCGGGGCCGGCGGCACCCAGGGUUCCUACGGCACGAGCGCGCCGAGCUGGCAAGGCUAUGAGAGCUACGAGUUCUACGCGGGCUCGGCCUCGGCGCCGCCCGGAGCCGCCUACGGAUCCUGGGAGACUCCCAAGGCUCCGGAGCUGGGGCUGGGAUCCUCCGAGGGAUCCUCGGGAUUGGGAUCCUCGGGAUUGGGAUCCUCGGGAGCCGCCUACGGAUCGGGAGCUGCGGGAUCCGCCUACGGAUCAGGAUCCGGGAGCGCCUUCGGAUCCUCGGGAGCCGCCUACGGAUCCGCCGGAUCGGCCUUGGGGCUGGGAUCCUCGGGAUUGGGAUCCUCGGGAUUGGGAUCCUCGGGAUUUGGAUCCUCGGGAUUUGGAUCCUCAGGACUGGGAUCUUCAGGACUGGGAUCGUCAGGACUGGGAGCCUCGGGAGCCGCCUACGGAUCGGGAGCUGCAGGAUCUGCCUAUGGAUCGGGAUCCGGGAGCGCCUUCGGAUCCUCGGGAUCAGCCUUGGGACUGGGGUCCUCGGGAUUGGGAUCUUCAGGAUUGGGAUCUUCAGGAUUAGGAUCCUCGGGACUGGGAUCUGCAGGACUGGGCUCCUCAGGAUUGGGAUCUUCAGGAUUGGGAUCUUCGGGACUGGGAUCUUCGGGAUUGGGAUCUGCAGGACUGGGAUCCUCAGGAUUGGGAUCUGCAGGACUGGGAUCCUCGGGAUUGGGAUCCUCGGGAUUGGGCUCCUCGGGCUCGGCCUUUGGGGCGGAAGUUUCCGGCUCCAAUCCCGACUCCAUCAUCGCCAAGAUCAACCAGCGCCUGGAUCUGCUGGCCAAGGAGGGCGCGCCGGGGGAGGGGCGCCAGCCGCAGGAGAGCUCCUUCCGCUUCGACACUCUGGCCCCUCUGGACGGGCGCGUUUCCCGGGAUCCUUUCCGGCCGGCCUUUCCCUUCGGAGCGGGGCCCUCGGAGCGGUCCCGGGACGCCCCCGGCGGCUCCGGCUCCUUCCCGGCGCUUCCCGGCUCAGCCGGGCCCCACGGCCGCGGCCGCCGGCGCCUCCCGGAGCCGUUCCCGGCGCGCUGGAGCGAGCCGACGUUCCCGGGAAACCGCGCGGGGCCGGAAUCCCGAGCGCUGCCCUCACUCUUCCCGCCGGCGCCGGAGUAUCCCGGCGAUUAUCCCGACUAUCCCGACUACCCCGGCGAUUAUCCCGACUAUCAGGACUGGCUGGGGGUGCCGGGAAUGCCGGGAAUGCCGGGCCUGGGGCGCUCCCUGUUGGGCGGCCGGAGGAGGGAGCGGCCGGGAGCGCUGCCCUGGAACGGGGCCCUGUUCCCGGGCCGGCGCCGCCCUUUCCGCGCUCGCUCCGGGGGGCGCUGGGAGCCCGAGGGGGCCCGGAAACGGAAACGCUCCCGGAGCGGCGACGACGGAGCCGGGAACAGCGGGAACGGCUCCGGGAACGCCGGGAAUGCCGGCGGGAACAGCGGGAGCGGCUCCGGGAACGCCGACGGGAACAGCGGGAACACCGACGGGAACGACCCCAAAAACACCCGGAGCGACAGCGACGGCAACGAGCGCGACUCCGAGCACGGAGAUGAAGGGGAAGGAGAGGAAAAAUCCUUGGAUGAGGCUGACAAAGCAUCCGAGGAGGAGGACGAGGAGGUGAGGAAGAAGCGGGAGAAGCAGCGCAGGAGGGACCGGAUGCGGGACCGGGCCAUGGACAGGAUCCAGUUCGCCUGCUCCGUCUGCAAAUUCCGGAGCCUGGAGGAGGAGGAGAUCCAGCGGCACCUGGAGAGCAAAUUCCACCGGGAGACGCUGCGCUACAUCGGCACCAAACUGCCCGACCGCAGCGUGCAGUUCCUGCAGGAAUACAUCGUGAACAGGAACCGGAAGAUCGAGAGGCGGCGCCAGGAGCUGAAUGAGAAGGAGGGGAGCAAACAGAGACCGGAUCCCUUCAAGGGGAUCGGGCAGGAGCACUUCUUCCAGCGGAUCGAGGCCGCGCACUGCCUGGCGUGUGACGUGCUGAUCCCGGCCCAGAGCCAGCGCCUGCAGCGGCACCUGAGAUCGGCACAGCACGGCCGCAGCCGCAGGCUGGCAGCGGAGCAGUUCCGCAAGGCGAGCCUGCACGUGGCCAAGAGCGUCCUGAACAACAAACACAUCGUGCGCAUGCUGGAGCGCUACCUGCAGGCGACCGAAUUUGGGAUUUUCGGGGGCCACACCCGGAUCUGA